AUGAAUAUAACGUCGACUAACCAACAACGAACUCAAAGAAAAAUAACAAAAAAGAAAAUUUUCUCGCCAUCAACAUCAGACCGAUCUGUUUUGGUUUAUUUUGAUGAAGAUAAUCAAUAUAAAAUUUUCAAAAGUUCAGAUGUUAUUUCGGAAAAGGGUGGUGAAGUUGAAAUAAAAAAUGAAAACAAAAAUUUCGACGACGAUGAACAUGACGACGAGGAAGAGGACAGCGACGAAGAUGAAGUUAUUCUCGAACAACCGUUUGAUCUACAAUUGUCUUCCACAAAUUCUUUUAUUCAAUGUCCUUCAAAAGGUUUUCAAACACCUGCUGCACGUCGCAGAAACCAUGUGACCAUGGAUGGUGUUGCUUCUCCAAUUGUUUCUCGUCGAGUUUUUAAUUCAAAAAUAAGUACAUGCCAAGCGUCUUCAGAUAGUACAACGCACUCAAAUUAUUAUGCCAAAUCGUCGUCAGAAAAUCGACGACGUGAAACAAUAAGUACGAUUGUUAUUACAAUACAAGUCAUUAUCUAUGGUUCUCGAAUCAUCCUUAUAGAUCGUUCAGUAAAUUCAGCUCCAACCGAUGAUAACUGCAGUAUCGAUACAAAUAUGGAUUCAUAUAUGGGUCGUCUUCAAGCUGCACAAGAAGAUCAAACAUCUUUAAUACGUACAUUAAAAGAAGAAAAAAAUCAAGAAUUAUCUUUUUAUCGAGAUGUAAACGACAAAGAAAAUUAUACAGAUCCAGCUGAUUAUAAAGGUGAAAACUUAUUCAACAUUACUAGUCGUGAUCCAGCUGAUUAUACUAGAAACGUUUUACGACGAUUAUUCACUUCUACUGAAUUACGAGAAUCUGUAUUACCAUCAAGACAUGCUCAUUUGUUUAGGAAAAAGACAUUGGAUGAAGAGAAAUUUACUCUUUUAAACAGUAAGUUUUUAAAACUUUCCCGUUUAAUUAUUUUCGCUUUCAUAAGCUUAACAUUAGUUAGAGUACUCAUAUUUUUUCGAGAGACGAUCAUUUUCGAUCUUCUCAAAAUAAUUUUAUCUAGGGUUAGAAAGUUGGAACAAACUGAAUGAUAGUAUAUUUUUGUCAUAAACAUAUACGUACAUGAUCAACAGAUUUCGCUGGUUACGAUUCUUUAUUUCUAGAAGCGAUUCGAAGCUAAUAUUGCAUCAGCAAAAAUUUUUAUCCAAAUUUUUAUUCAACAAUGAUACAAAAGACAUUAAGCGAUUGCAUUUAUAAUGAAGGAACGCGACGACAGUCAAAACAACCUAUGGCACAGUAGCAAUCAUCAAUUCAAGGUGGCGACGCUAUAUCAAGAGUAACAACAGGGAGCGAAAUAUUGAUACCAACAACAUCACCAUCAGCAUUAAACGGGUAAUGUAGUUUCAUGUUUAUAGCUAGCUGUUAAAUGUGUCACAACAAAUUAUGUUAUUCGUUUUUUUUCUACAGUGUUGUACUUUUUUUCUGUGAAAAAAUUUCUCUAUGAUGGCGCUCUUCAAAUACGAAAUAUUCUUGUAAUUUUCUCCACGAUUUGUGUGAAAGUUUUGUCUUUAGUUUUGUCUGAAAUGCAUUGUGUGGUUUCUUUCUCGUGGUCUUACAUUGUGCAUAUGUUAAAAUGUGAACAAAAAGGGUUGUUUUCUUUUCUUUUUAAUGUUCUCGUAAGCUUUUUUUUUGUUAUAUGUGCCUAUUUUUAUGAAAACUACGUUUUAGAAAAGAAAAAAUUGAUAUAAAAUAAAUAAAGGCCAAGGAUCAAUUUGUGAAAACAAACCAACUUUUGAUUAAAAGCGGCCGUAAAUUUUAGAAAAACGAUGCAUUUACUGCCGUAAACACUAGAGAAUACUACCCGUAUACGGCCGCUGUAAAUCAUCGUUAACGACCGUUUACGUCACCGUAUACGGUACUGGCAAAUACGGCCGUAUUUGCAUCGUAAACGGGCGUAAUUACUCCGUAUCCUUGUCGAUUACGGUCGUAAACGACGCCGUAACGAUAUCCGUUUUAGCCGACCUGGGUAUGUUCGAUUGUAUUAUCCGGUAGGAAACGACCGGACCAUUUUCCUUUGAAUUCCGGCCUGGAUUCCUGGAGCAGAGAUUCCGGCGAAAUCCCUGGCGAAUCCUGGCGAAUUUGAGUGGAAAACAUGCCGGCUUCUGGAGGGUCAAAAAAAGUGAGCUCGACACAUAAACUCGAAAUUUCGAGCUCACUUGCGCCUCCAUAUUUUACCGAAAAAUUCAGCCCAUGCCUUGAUAUCACAAGCAUUAAAUAACCCUUGGAAUAGAUUUCCUGAUAAAGAUCUAUAUACCGUUACUAAAAGCUUGAUUACCAA